AUGACCAAGCUUCAUUCACCGGGCGGCACUCCGGCGGCUGGUAACUCUGGCAAUCCGCACUCUCGCUUGCAAGUACAACAGGACACUCCAGUGCAGCGAGAACUGCAGCAGCAGGCGCAAGAGGAUCAGGCACUUUCUGAAGAGAAGCCUGCCGCAGAGCAGCUGGAGGCAUCAAACCUUGCGAGGCACUUCCCGAAGAGAAAGCUGGCAGUUCAGGGGGCGCUGACAAAGCAGCAGAAGCUGCGGAAGAAGCAGCAGCUGGAGAAGCUGAAGAAGCGGCUGGAAGAAGAGAAGGCGGCGCUGAAGCAAUGGCACGGGAUGACGGAGGAGCAGCGGUUGGCGAUGCAGCAGGGAGUCAUGGAUAAGCGGCAGAAAGAGGCGGAGCAGAAGAGGCAGGAGCAUCUGACGAAGCAGCAACAGGUGAAGGAGAAAUAUCGGCUGAAGAUGCAGAGGCUGAAGGAUAAGCGGCAGGGACAUGAGGAUCCGGAGCCGGAGAAGCAGGAGAACAAGAAUGAGAAUGCAGCGCUGGAGAGUUCGAAGAAGGAAAGUCCGGAGCCGAACGGGCAAUCCGAGGUGGAUACUAGUAAUUUUGACGCGAAGAGGCAGGAUCAGGAUUGGCGGGAUCACGAUGCGUAG